AUGUAUUCUCAAGCUAUCCUUAUUUCCAUCCUUGUGGCCCUUACCGAAGCUCGAUUCGGUCAAGAACAAGUCCCAAUUGCAGCAAUCUCUGGAUCAUCUGGUGGAAACUCCGGUGAUGCCGCUACUCUUGCUGGAUCUGCGAUUUCCACCCUUUUGGCCGCAGCCAACCCUUGUGACAAGCUCAAGAAAGCCGAUGAGAUCGUCGCCACUCUCGGAGACGGUGGACUCGAAGCUGCCAAGGGACUAGUCGCUGCCGAACAGAACUUCAACCCAUUUGCUGUCACACAGCCAACACUAUGCAGUGACGCAUCUCUCCCAGUCACUGAGGCUCUCAGAGGUAUCAUUCCUCUCGUUGACCCAGCAGUUGAUGGAGCUGCUGCUCAGAACGCCGCUUCUGCUGCUUCUCUCACCACACCUCUUGACGCCGCUGGUCUGAGUGUCGCCGAUGUCACUGCUGCUUCUGGUUUCACCAACUUCCUGACUAAGGACGCUGCAGGAGCCGCAGGAGCCGCCCCAGCUGCUGGUGCCGGAGCGAAUGCUGGUGCUGAAGCAAAUGCUGGUGCUGGAGCAAAUGCCGGUGCUGGAGAUGUCGCGGCCGGUGAUGCCAACGCUGGUGAUGCAUGUGGAGGUGCCGUUGCCGCUGCCCCGACCACACUCGCAACUGUCACAAAGGCCGCUACAAAGGCUGCUACUAAAGCUGCUACCACUGCCGCCGCCGUCGCGACUGGAAACGCUGGAAAUGCCAACGCUGGUAACGCAAAUGCUGGCAACAACAACAACAACAACAACGCUGGAAACAACGCCAACGCCGGUAAUAACGCAAACGCAGGUGAUGCCGCCGCCGGAGGAGCCGCAGCAGGUGCAAACGACUUCGGAACCUGUAUCCCAACCAUGAAAUUCGAAGGCGGUCUCGGCGGACGUCCAGCCACCGAAUUCACCUUUAUCCCAAUCGACCCCGUUGUUGCCCAAGGCCAACAAGAAGCAUUGAACCCAAACAUCAUCACCAACCGUAUCUGCGACCAGCUCGGUAACGUGUGUGGUGCUUCUGCUGCCGCCAUCACUUUGUGCGAGGAUGCCCAGGCACAGAUUUUGGCGCUCGGUACGCGCGAUCAGACUACUGCUGAUGAGUGGAAUUCGCUUUUGGGGUUUUAA